AGCCAGUCAGAUUCUACCUAUUGCAACCUAGCAAUAAAUAACUCCCUUUGAGAUUUACUUGUGCAUUGAUAUGGCUUUCCCCGUUGACGUCACCACUGUCCAGGGCGACAUCUUGUCCGGCUUGUUGAAGAAGCUGGAAACCACCGUCUUCUUUCAAAUUGGGGACGAUGUCCAGUCGUUCCGCAAGCAGCUCACCCAGAUAAUCCCAUUGAUCACAACAACUCCCCAGGCCGCCGAACGACGCGCUCAAGUCGCCAAGAACAAGCAAGAAGCAGCUCAACAGGGUCGCAAAGCAGAUUUGCUCCCUAUCGUUGGUGUUACGCUUGCCUUCUCCAAGUUCGGGUUGACGAAGCUCGGAAUCACCGACUCGACUGGCGACUCCCCGUUCGAACAAGGACAAUUGGCAGAUGCUCCAAGCCUCGCAGAUGAUGUUUCGAACUGGCUCGAUGUGUUCAAGAACGGAGUUCAUGGCGUCUUUAUCAUUGCUGGUGACUGCCAAGACAACAUCGACCAACAGCUCACCCAGAUCGAGGGUAUCUUUGGUGUCGGUACUGCGCAGGCUACCAUUAAUGAGGUGUUCCGCGUCACUGGGAACGUCCGACCUGAUGACCAGAAGGGCCACGAGCAUUUCGGAUUUUUGGAUGGAAUUUCGAAUCCUGCUGUCACGGACUUCGAUAAGACACGCUUCCCUGGACAGGAAAGCGUUCCUGCAAGCGUCAUUUUGUUCGUUGAAGAUGAGACAAAGCCUUCUUGGACGGUUGGAGGAAGCUUUUUGGCCUUCCGCUAUCUCUCUCAACUUGUUCCGGAGUUCAAUGACUUCCUCAAGAAGAACCCUAUUGUUCUGCCUGGACUGAGUCCGGAACAAGGAAGUGAGUUCCUUGGGGCGCGCUUAGUUGGACGCUGGAAGAGCGGUGCUCCUGUGGAUCUUGCUCCUUUGCAAGAUGACCCCGCACUUGGAGCCGACCCUCAAAGGAACAACAACUUCAGGUAUGAUAUUGGAGAUGAUUUCACCUCUCAAGAUCGGUGCCCCUUUGCCGCUCAUGUUCGCAAGACCAACCCCCGUAACGACCUUGAGGGAAUGGCUAAUCCGAUCCCGACAACCCCGCAGCGUAUCAUCCGCCGAGGCAUACCAUUCGGACCUGAGGUCUCAGACGCCGAGGCUGCGCAAGCCAAGACCUUGACGGAUCGUGGACUCUUGUUCAGGUGCUACCAGAGCAGCAUCAGCAAUGGUUUCCGAUUCAUUCAAACCAACUGGGCAAACAACACAGGUUUCCCAUUCGGUAAACCAAUCCCCGCGCCCGGAUUUGACGCAAUCAUCGGUCAAGCCUCCGACCCUACUUCGCGUACUCUGACAGGUGUCAACCCUCAGGAUCAGGGUACUUCUUUGUCUUUGCCUACUCAGUGGGUUGUUUCCAAGGGAGGCGAAUACUUCUUCACACCUUCCACUGUCGCAUUGAGGGAUACGUUUGCCUUGCCUGCUUGAACUGGUUCUAGUUGAGACGUAUGGUUGAGAACGGGCGGGUUUACGAUACUCACGACGAAUGUUCCGCGAAGAGUGACACGAGCUAUCUUGUGUAUCUUGUAUAUUAUGAUUGUACAUUGUACCGAUCCUACGAUAUCGUUGAGAAUCCAAGAACGCGUUUGCGAC